AUGCCCUUGAGUUUGUACGAAUUGUUAAAAGCAGGUGUUGAUAUGAAAUGCACAGAAGUUGAAUCGAUUUCCCGGCCUUUUUUACAACAUCUUAGAUUAGGCGGACGACAGCUGAGCGAGGUGUUUCAAAUAUUUGAAGUUGACAUCUCGUUAGAGUGUGGAACUACUUUUACUUCAUCAGAGUUGGAUCUAAUAUCCUAUUUAGCAUUACCUGAUGAUUUGGGUAAUUUUUUUAAACCUCUCGUCAAAGAUCGUUCUCCUUUACAAAAGAUGAUCGAUAGACAUCCGGACGGUGUUGGCAUUUUAGAGAAAUGCUACGACAUUGAAGGCUACUCACCUUUACACCGUGCUGUCCAAGGUGGAAAUCUUAACGCUAUAGAAUGGUUUAAAAGUGUCGGGGUUAACACAGAACUGAAAACACAUAGAGGCCUUACUGCUCUUGAUCUUUCUAUGUUGUACUUGAGUGAUAUUAGUCAAGCCGAACUUAUUGCUUCGACAAAAAGUACUCCAUAUUCUUGGAGGAGAAGUAAGCAUCAGGUUCCUUUGACGAUAUCGAACUAUCGAACAGAGGUAUUUGAAGAAUUGUUACGAACGUUUUUUAACGCAACUCCAGAAUCAGAGUUUACAUGUGGUGCGAGCUUGGAAGGACUAUCGCCCCUGUAUAUAGCAGCAGUAAAAGGAAUGAGUGUGUUACGAUACGUGCACAGAAAAGCUUCUGAAAUGUUUCCAAAUUUACCUUUGAAUUGCGUAAAUAAACAUCGGUUAGACUCCGUGUAUGUGGCGCACUUUUAUGAAAGUCUCUUAAAUGAAGGGUUGAUUGAUAAAUAUUCAAAGGAUUCUGACGUUAACUUUGAACAAGAGACAAAAACUUCCAAAAAGGUGGAUUCAAAGACUAACAACAAGAUAAAGAAUGGACCUCAGUCGGAUAGAAGUAGCAUCGAUGAAAAAGAUAGUCAUGAUAGCAAACCACUGGUUCAAUACCCAGAUCGCGGAGUGGAAUAUUAUAUGACAUUCAAUUAUUUGUAUCAUUCACCGUGCUUUAAAUACACAGAUGAACAUCUGCAUAUGGAUAUACCUAAAGGUAUACGGAUAAUUGAUUGUCCUGGCUAUCACGACAAAAUUAGCACACCAAAAGAGGAAACAGUACCGGAUGUAGAUUUCACCGAAUGUUCAAAAAUACAAGUUCGCCGUAACUGCUAUUGGCCACUAUGCGAACGCGAAAUUUUACAAAACCACAUUCGCAAAUACCCUUGUCCAACAAUGACCAGGAGAUUACAUCACUGGUUCGUGCCUCAUGAUCAUCGAAGACGAAAUCGUCAAAUCAGUCAGUUUAUUGCCAAAAGGCUUGGUUGGGACAAUGUUCCUGAAGUAAAAGAUAUCAAAAAUCGUUGGCCACUUUUCUUUUUGCACAACAUGGUUUUGAGUAAGUACGAGUCUUGGGAAUAUCUCAAGAUCUUAAAUGAAGCUUUGGAAGUGGCAGACGUUCGCUUUUAUAGUCGAAAUGAACCACUUGACGUUAUGUUGAAUACUUCAAUCCAACUCAACAUUAUACCAUUGAAUAUAAACCAGACAAGGAUUCAGAGUCCACUAAUUAGAAGGUUUCAGGGAUUCUAACAAUACACUCUAUUCAGGGUGUUCCAAUAAUAAAUAGCUGCAUGUUAAAGAUUAUUACACAGCUAAUUAUACAUAGUGGGCAUCGAAUAUUAACCCAACUGAUGCAUUAUCUCAAUGUUCCAUUGGACGAACAAGCUUAUUUUAACAGCUAUAACAUUGGUUCUACUAUAUUGUUAAUUGGCAUAGGAAAUGAUUUAAUUAAGGAAAAUGCAAUCUAUGAGCAGGGAAGCAUCUGAAGCGAAGCGAAGCAUUUGAAGUUGGAGGGGAGGGGGUGUCGGAGGAUUUUACUUGAAAUUUGAAAUUCAAUGUUAAAAAUUUACCUGAAGUUAGUUAAUUAUAAUGGAUUUUUCAGAAUGAUUUUUACUGUCACACUAAGAAGGGUGGUCAGGUGGCCCUCCCCUAGAACAUUUAUACAUUUUUUAAGCUCCAGGACUGCAUUUCUGGCGUUUUCUAAAGCAAAUUCGCAAACGAAUUGGAUCUAAAUUAACUGUAUUUUACAAAAAUGGUUAUCAUUUCACAAAAAUAACACCUUUAUUACGCGAAUUUUACCUGCAUGAAAAUGUCAAAAUUUUAAACUUAAAUUUUACCUGAAUUUUACUUGAGUUUCACAUGCAGUUGGGGUGGGGGUACAUCCCCCACGCACACCGGUCGCUACGUCCUUGUCUAUGAGACGAAUUUUGACAUUCCAAUGGACCACUGAAAUCAUGCAUCAGUUGUGUUACUAAGUAUGAAUAGGUUUGAUGACUUUUUACUUUAA